AUGGUUCAGCAUCACAAAGUGAUCCAGAGUUUAUUAUCAAAGGGGAGUAGCCUGCAGUUCAAAUUCUGGACAGUUAAAUACAAAUCAGAUCCCCACAGCCAGUAGUGUAUGGAAAGAAACUCAGUGAAAGCUUGGCAAUGACCAAUAGUAAUGUGGCUGUUUCUUUGCUAAUGGCUUGGCAUGACUAAACGUGGGCUGGCAGGGAAGCCAUUUAGAGAAAUGUCACAUUGUAAAGUCUCUGUCUCCCACUGUGAUGGAUGUGUCUAUAAUGUUUCUUGGAAUCUGUUAUUUCCAUUUAGACUCCAGCUUCUUUUGGCACGUAACAGACCUUUGGCAGACGCUGGAAAUGGGAGUGUUGCGUCUCGGUAAUUUCUUGUCGUCAGUUGUGAAAAGCAUCUGCCAUCUCCCUCCCGCUUGUCUCUCAACAUCUGAGACAGCAUAGGCCUCCCUGGAACCAGAACCAGUUCCCUCUUUAGAAAGACGAGAACUUGAACAGGGACGUUGAUUAAAUACCUGCUGUGAGAAUACAUCAGUUUUUGGGUGAAGGAAAAUUGUAAAAGAGAGUGAAACCCCUUGGGCAAUUCCGAAGCUUUAUCGAGGUUCUAUAUUGUCAUUUUCUUCCUAAUCAAAUUUUUUCUCUCUUGUUUUUGGUUUCUCUCCUCCCCCUUCUUCCUCUUUCAAUCUCAAUCUCUCUCUCUCUCCCUUCCCCCUCUUUCUCCUCUUCCCUCUCCAUCUCUCCCUCUCAAUCUUUCUCUCUCUCCCUUCCCUCUCUUUCUCCUCUCCCCUCUCCCUCUCUCUCUCUCUCUCUCUCUCUCUCUCUCCAGAUUGGGUGUAAGGUGACGGUGUUGCUGUUCAUCUACUUCCUGGCGACUAACUACUACUGGAUCCUGGUAGAGGGCCUGUACCUCCACAGCCUCAUCUUCAUGGCCUUCCUCUCUGACACCAAGUACCUGUGGGGCUUCACCCUCAUCGGAUGGGGUGAGUGUGUGUCGUGAUUUCCAUUUUAAUUUCACCUUUAUUACUACAGGUUAUUUUCAUUGAGAUUAAAACUAUUUAGUUACAGAGACCUUUGUGUGGUGAUGUCAUCAUAGGGCCACAGCCUUUAUGGGAUUGGAUUGGGUUGUUGUGCAUUCUAAAAACGAAUUUAGUUUCCAAAUCUUUGUUUAUUUCAUUUCAUCAAGAGCUUUGGUAAUCAUGCUAUCAAUAUUUAUAAGGGGACCAAAAUACAUGUUUGUGAUCUAAAUGAGAUUUUCCUCAGUGUUUACUGUACUAGCAGCCAGUACACAUUGAUAAUGCACUCUGAUACCUGGGGUGUUUCUCAAUAUGCAUACUACUGUGCCCCACACUCUCAUGCUCAAAGUGUAUUCUCCUAGGACGUUCUCUUGAGUACGUUCUUGUGAGGACGAGAGUGUGGAGAACACAUAAAACAUUACAUUUGAGAAGCACUCGCACUCCCCGUACUGUAUUACCUCACGCUGCAUCUCCCCAUUCACUGAACCUUCUUCCAGCCAGGACAAUGGCAACAAUAGAGACGAAACAAGAUAUACACCAAGCAAUUGUUUUUCUUCAUAAUUAUCAGCUAGAUAUAUGGGAAUCGUAAUCUAGCUAGCCAGCUAGCUAGUUAAACAGGCAUAAAAUUACCUAAAACUAAUAUUAUGCAAGGUACAUUAGAUGUCAAUUCUUCAUGGGUAGCUAGCUAACAAUUCUUCAUGGCUAGCUAGCUAGCCAGUUAGCCUUAUUGACUUACUAUGGACUUACCCAUUCACUGAACCGUCCUUCUUCUAGCCAGGACGAUGGCAAUGGAGACAAAACAAGAUACAAACAAAGCAAACGUUUUACUUCAUAACUAUCAGCUAGCUAUAUGUGAAUUGUAAUAAUGUAGCUAACCAGAUUGUAUAACAGUCAAAAAUGACCUAAAACCAAUGUUAUCCAAUGUAGAUGUAAAUUCUUCGUUGGUAGCUAGCUAACAAUUCUUUGUGGCUAUCUGGCUAGCUAACAGUAGUAGCUAGCCAAUUAGCUCUAUUGACUUACUAUGGGCUUGUGACCUACGCACACUACAGUGGGAAUUGUAGGCAGGUAACCAUGCCAAAAUUAACACAGCAUGUAUUUAUUAACGUAUCAAGAUAAAAUAUUGUAGUCAGGCAACAUAUGAAAUGUGAAUAGGCAACAUUUCAUUCAGAAAUCGGAGUGUAUUUUCUCUUGCUUCAGCUCAAAUAUUGAUUUCAAGAAAAUUGCGUAAUUUUUUACGUGGUUGCGUCAUUUCUUUGCAUACUUUCCAUUGAAGCUUGCAUCAAUGCAUGCUUCAAAAUACAUACAAAUGGAGUACGCAUUCGAGAAGUGCCCUCCUUUCGCAUAUUUUGAUUUGGACUCAUACUCCAACCCUCCCAUGCUCCAAUUUACGAGCUCGGAGCACGGUAGUAUGCAUUUUGAGAAACACCCCUGCUCUGUCCAGCACAAACAAUCUAUCAGCGACAGCAGGCUUUACCAGUAGCUCGCAGCCCACCUAUGAGUAGCUCGCCAAACAUUUCUGAAAGUUCAUGCAAUUUUCACGUGUUCCACCGCAAACUGUCAUUAACAAAUCUCACAAGUAUCAGACACUGAAAGCUCCCAGCUACUAUCUAAUCAAUGUAACAUUGACAUUAUCCCACCCCUGGUUAGCCACUAUUGGCUUAAAAAGCCAAACCUAACACAAUAUGCCAAUUCAUUCACCCCCAAAAAUGGGGCACUAAGACGUUGAAAUUGUGGCCAAUAUGUAAUCCUUACUUUCAUGAUCCUAGAAACCACUUAACUGUAUGACCCAAAAGGAGCCUUCAUAGGACACUUCAAUGCUGUUCUUAACCCCUUCACCGUCACCGUACAACAAAGCACUGACUCCGUAGGGAGUCAAAUCUACCAUCACCGUACAACAAAGCACUGACUCCGCAGGGAGUAAAAUCUACCAUCAACGUACGACAAAGCACUGACUCCGCAGGGAGUCAAAUCUACCAUCACCGUACAACAAAGCACUGACUUCACAGGGAGUCAAAUCUACCAUCACAGUACGACAAAGCACUGACUCCGCAGGGAGUCAAAUCUACCAUCACCGUACAACAAAGCACUGACUCUGCAGGGAGUCAAAAUCUACCAUCACAGUACGACAAAGCACUGACUCCGCAGGGAGUCAAAUCUACCAUCACCGUACAACAAAGCACUGACUCCGCAGGGAGUCAAAUCUACCAUCAACGUACGACAAAGCACUGACUCCGCAGGGAGUCAAAUCUACCAUCACCGUACAACAAAGCACUGACUCCGCAGGGAGUCAAAUCUACCAUCACCGUACGACAAAGCACUGACUCCGCAGGGAGUCAAAUCUACCAUCACCGUACGACAAAGCACUGACUCCGCAGGGAGUCAAAUCUACCAUCAACGUACGACAAAGCACUGACUCCGCAGGGAGUCAAAUCUACCAUCACCGUACAACAAAGCACUGACUCCGCAGGGAGUCAAAUCUACCAUCACCGUACAACAAAGCACUGACUCCGCAGGGAGUAAAAUCUACCAUCAACGUACGACAAAGCACUGACUUCACAGGGAGUCAAAUCUACCAUCACAGUACGACAAAGCACUGACUCCGCAGGGAGUCAAAUCUACCAUCACCGUACAACAAAGCACUGACUCCGCAGGGAGUCAAAUCUACCAUCACAGUACGACAAAGCACUGACUCCGCAGGGAGUCAAAUCUACCAUCACCGUACAACAAAGCACUGACUCCGCAGGGAGUCAAAUCUACCAUCAACGUACGACAAAGCACUGACUCCGCAGGGAGUCAAAUCUACCAUCACCGUACAACAAAGCACUGACUCCGCAGGGAGUCAAAUCUACCAUCACCGUACGACAAAGCACUGACUCCGCAGGGAGUCAAAUCUACCAUCACUGUACGACAAAGCACUGACUCCGCAGGGAGUCAAAUCUACCAUCAACGUACGACAAAGCACUGACUCCGCAGGGAGUCAAAUCUACCAUCACCGUACAACAAAGCACUGACUUCACAGGGAGUCAAAUCUACCAUCACAGUACGACAAAGCACUGACUCCGCAGGGAGUCAAAUCUACCAUCACCGUACAACAAAGAACUGACUCCGCAGGGAGUCAAAUCUACCAUCACCGUACAACAAAGCAAGCUGAGCGUAAGCAUACAUACAUUGUACUCAUGCCCUGCUUUGUAACAGCACUCCUCAUGCCCUGCUUUGUAACAACACCCUGCAUAUUAUUUGUUGGAGCAUAUUUCCUCCCACUCUUUUUAGACAGUAUUUCAUAAAAUUCUCAUUUUGUGAGUCCCGCCACAGGGAGAAUAGAUUGUUGAUCUGACAUCCCUGCUAUUAGAGUAGUCUCUUCUCACAGCCACUGUAUUAGAGUAGUCUCUUCUCACAGCCACUGUAUUAUAAUAGUCUCUUCUCACAGCCACUGUAUUAUAAUAGUCUCUUCUCACAGCCACUGUAUUAGAAUAGUCUCUUCUCACAGCCACUGUAUUAGAAUAGUCUCUUCUCACAGCCACUGUAUUAGAAUAGUCUCUUCUCACAGCCACUGUAUUAGAAUAGUCUCUUCUCAUAGCCACUGUAUUAGAAUAGUCUCUUCUCACAGCCACUGUAUUAGAAUAGUCUCUUCUCACAGCCACUGUAUUAGUAUAGUCUCUUCUCACAGCCACUGUAUUAGUAUAGUCUCUUCUCACAGCCACUGUAUUAGAAUAGUCUCUUCUCACAGCCACUGUAUUAGUAUAGUCUCUUCUCACAGCCACUGUAUUAGAAUAGUCUCUUCUCACAGCCACUGUAUUAGAAUAGUCUCUUCUCACAGCCACUGUAUUAGAAUAGUCUCUUCUCACAGCCACUGUAUUAGAAUAGUCUCUUCUCACAGCCACUGUAUUAGAAUAGUCUCUUCUCACAGCCACUGUAUUAGUAUAGUCUCUUCUCACAGCCACUGUAUUAGAAUAGUCUCUUCUCACAGCCACUGUAUUAGUAUAGUCUCUUCUCACAGCCACUGUAUUAGUAUAGUCUCUUCUCACAGCCACUGUAUUAGAGGCACAUUAAGAAAACAAUCAUCAGUAGCAUCUACCCCAAUCCUCUUACAACCUCCUCUCCUCCCCACUCGGCAUCACAGUGACUCUUGCUCGCUUGUUUUGAUACUUCCCCUCCCUAUUAUGGUAAAUGUUGUUUUUAUUCAUGCCCCAUCCUCGUUUGAUGUGUUCAUCCUGGUAGGAAGCAGAGAGCACGAAAUAAACGUUUGA